AUGACAUCUGUGAGACCCGGCCUACCCGUCAGGGAAUGUCUGCUGCUCUCCUUACUGCUCCUCUGGAAGACAGGGAGCGGCCAGCUCCACUACUCGGUCCCCGAGGAGGCCAAACACGGCACCUUCGUGGGUCGCAUCGCGCAGGACCUGGGGCUGGAGCUGACGGAGCUGGUGCCGCGCCUGUUCCGGGUGGCGUCCAAGGGCGGCGGGGACCUUCUGGAGGUAAAUCUGCAGAAUGGCAUUUUGUUUGUGAAUGGUCGGAUCGACCGGGAGGAGCUGUGCGGGCGCAGCGCGGAGUGCAGCCUGCACCUGGAGGUGAUCGUGGACAGGCCGCUGCAGGUGUUCCACGUGGAGGUGGAGGUGAAGGACAUUAACGACAACCCGCCGGCAUUUCCAACGACUGUAAAGACUCUUCGGUUUCCGGAAUCAAAGUUGCUUGACUCCAGGUUUCCUUUAGAGGGAGCAUCUGAUGCAGACAUUGGAGUAAACGCUCUUCUUUCCUACAGACUCAGCCCCAGUGAGUUUUUCUUUCUAGAUAUACAGACUAAUGAUGAACUAAGCCAAUCUUUGUUUCUUGUGCUGGGGAAAUCCCUGGACCGAGAGGAAAGUGCUGAGGUUAAUUUAUUACUGGUGGCUACGGAUGGGGGCAAACCUGAGCUCACGGGCACCGUUCAAAUAAUUAUUAAAGUAUUAGAUGUGAAUGAUAACGAGCCUACUUUUUCCCAAUCCCUUUACAAAGUACAAUUGCUAGAGAACAUUGCAAAUGGCACCUUAGUAAUUAAACUAAAUGCUUCUGAUGAAGAUGAAGGAUCAAACAGGGAGGUUGUAUAUUCAUUCAGUAGUGAUGUGUCCUCUUCUAUACUGACAAAGUUCAAAAUAGACCCCACCUCAGGAGAAAUCAGAACUAAGGGGAAAUUAGAUUAUGAAGAAAUGAAAUCCUAUGAUAUUCAAGUUAUUGCUUCUGACAAAGGAACUCCGUCAAUGUCAGGACACUGUAAAAUUUCAGUAAAACUUGUGGAUAUCAAUGAUAACACACCAGAAGUCUCAAUAACGUCUCUCUCGCUUCCCAUCCAAGAAAACGCUCCGCUGGGCACCGUCAUCGCGCUCAUCACGGUGUCCGACCGCGACUCAGGGACCAAUGGGCAGGUGACUUGCAUGUUGACGGCACACGUCCCGUUCAGGCUGGUGACUACUUUUAAGAAUUAUUAUUCUUUAGUGCUGGAUAGCGCUCUGGACCGAGAGACCACAUCUGAGUAUAAGGUGGUGGUGACCGCGCGUGACGGGGGCUCGCCUCCGCUGUGGGCCACCGCCAGCGUGUCGGUGGAGGUGGCCGACGUGAACGACAACGCGCCGGUGUUCGCACAGGCCGAGUACACGGUGUUCGUGAAGGAGAACAACGCGCCCGGCUCGCACAUCUUCACGGUGUGGGCGCGCGACGCGGACGCGCAGGAGAACGCGCGCGUGUCGUACUCGCUGGUGGAGCGGCGGGUGGGCGAGCGCGCGCUGUCGAGCUACGUGUCGGUGCACGCGGAGAGCGGCAAGGUGUACGCGCUGCAGCCGCUGGACCACGAGGAGCUGGAGCUGCUGCAGUUCCAGGUGAGCGCGCGCGACGCUGGCGUGCCCGCCCUGGGCAGCAACGUGACUCUGCAGGUGUUCGUGCUGGACGAGAACGACAAUGCGCCUGCGCUGCUGGGGCCUCCCGGCGGCGGCGGCGGCGGCGGCGGCGGCGCGCGCAGCGAAGUGCUGUGGCGCUCGGUGGGCGCUGGCCACGUGGUGACCAAGGUGCGCGCGGUGGACGCGGACUCUGGCUACAACGCGUGGCUGUCGUACGAGCUGCAGCCGGCGGCGGCCGGUGCGCGCAGCCCGUUCCGCGUGGGGCUGUACACGGGCGAGAUCAGCACCACGCGCGCGCUGGACGAGGCGGACGCCGCGAGGCAGCGCCUGUUGGUGCUGGUGAAGGACCAUGGCGAGCCGGCGCUGACGGCCACCGCCACGGUGCUGGUGUCUCUGGUGGACAGCGGCCAAUCGCCCAAGCUGUCUUUGCGUGCAUCGGAGGGCGCCGUGGCUUCGGAGGCGACGCUGGUGGACGUGAACGUGUACCUGAUCAUCGCCAUCUGCGCGGUGUGCAGCCUGCUGGUGCUGACGCUGGUGCUGUACGUGGCGCUGCGGUGCUCUGGGGCGGCUGUGGGGCGGAGCGAGGGCGCGUGCGCGCCUGGGAAGCCUGUGCUGGUGUGCUCCAGCGCGGUGGGGAGCUGGUCCUACUCUCAGCAGAGGAGGCAGAGGGUGUGCUCUGGGGAGGGCCCGCCCAAGACCGACCUCAUGGCCUUCAGCCCCAGCCUUCCUCAAGGUCCAGACUCCGCAGAAGAAAAACCACAGCCCUCAGACUCAGAAUACAUAGGAAAGGAAGAUGAGUUUGGGUGA